AUGCCAAUCGUCACCCCUGAGCAGGCUCGUAUCGCCGAAGAGGCUGGAGCCUGCGCCGUCAUGGCGCUGGAGCGCGUCCCAGCAGAUAUCCGCUCCCAGGGCGGCGUCGCCCGCAUGUCCGAUCCAGAUGACCAGAACCACAUCAACAAGCACAAUUUCCUUCUGCCCGAGGCCCUCCGCCGCAUCCGCGAGGGCGCCGCCAUGAUCCGCACCAAGGGCGAGGUCGGCACUGGUAACAUCAUCGAGGCCGUCCGCCACCUUCGUUCCGUUGUCGGCGGCAUCCGCGCUCUGAGCAAUAUGGACGAUGAUGAGGUGUUCGCCUUCGCCAAGCGCAUCGCUGCCCCUUACGACCUUGUUAUGCAGACCAAGCGGCUAGGGAGGCUCCCUGUCGUCCAAGCAACGAGCAUUAUGAAUCCCUUCACCCCGCACUCCCCCUCCCCCUCCCCCUCCCCCUCCCCCUCUUAUCUUUCUCCGUCUCUUCUUCCUCUCUUUUGUUUUUAA